CCGGCCGGGCCGUCGGAUUGGCGUUUCGUGUUUUCGCGCUUCGCCCCGCGGCGACCCGGCCGCGCCUCCAAGUAGUGCCGAUCCGACGCGACUCCCACACGACCAGCACGGCCAGCCAGGCCUCCGCGCGACCGACCCAAUGCGACACAAGAACGCCAAGACCGCCGGGCCCGGCUGCUUGUUCGGAAGUUGGUUCAGUUUUUGCCUGUCUAACUCCGCGCUGCGGUUCAUGUUGUUGUUGACGUCAGUGCCACCAUGAUCCGCGCGGUGGGCGCCGUCGUCGCGGUGCUGCUGGUGCACGUCCACGUCGGCCACGCCACCCUCGACGGCAACAGCUUGCGGUACCCCGCCGCCACCAGUGCCGCGUCCCCCUGGACGUGGAGGUGCUCGGGCGCGCCGCGGUACCUCUGCGAGCGCCACGAGCGCGGCGCGGAGGAGCAGCCCCACGCCGUCUCGGCCUGCAAGAUGUCCUGCGGGCCCGACGCCAACCUCUGGCCGCGGCCGCGCAGCGUCAAGGUCAACCACGCCACCAGCGCCAUCAACUUCAACUCCCUGAGCGUCGAGUUCACCGACAUCCACGGCAACUCGCUCGACAUGCAGCGAGAUGGAGGCGGCUUGCUGGCCAAGAUAUCGGAGCGCUUCCGCCACCAGCAGGAGGAGAAGGCCACGGCCAAGGAUGGCAGCACGCUGGUCAAGUACGGCGGCAACACGGUGGAGGUGGUGCUGCGCCUCAAGACCCCCGCCGUCGCGCACCUCACCCUGGACACCGACGAGAGCUACGACCUGACCGUGGCGCAGGCCGGCGGGCUGAUGAACGUGACCCUGGGCGCGGACAACGUGUUCGGCGCGCGCCACGGCCUGGAGACGCUGAACCAGCUCAUCGUCAAGGACACCCUGCGCCGCGAGCUGGUGAUGCCGACCGAGGUUCGCAUCGUGGACUCGCCCGCCUACAAGUACCGCGGCGUGCUGCUGGACACGGCGCGCAGCUUCGUCGACGUGCCCGCCAUCAAGCGCACCAUCGACGCCAUGGCCUCGUCCAAGCUCAACACGUUCCACUGGCACAUCACGGACUCGCACAGCUUCCCGCUGGUCUCCAAGACCUUCCCCAAGUUCAGCCACUUCGGCGCCUUCUCCCCCGAGGAGGUGUACACCCCCGCGGCGAUCCGCGACGUGGUGGAGUACGCCCGCGUGCGCGGCGUGCGCGUGCUUCCCGAGCUGGACGCGCCGGCGCACGUCGGCGAGGGCUGGCAGUGGGUGGGCCACAACGCCACCGUCUGCUUCCGCGCCGAGCCCUGGCAGAAGUUCUGCGUGGAGCCGCCGUGCGGCCAGCUGGACCCCACCGUGGACAAGGUGUACGACAUCCUGGGCGGCCUGUACCGCGACAUGAUUGACGUGUUCCGGCCCGAUAUGUUCCACAUGGGCGGCGACGAGGUCAACUUCCACUGCUGGAACACGACGGAGUCCAUCCUGCAGUGGCUGGCCAAGCAGGGCGCCAACCGGACGGGCGACGACUUCCGCAAGCUGUGGGACCACUUCCAGUCGCGCGCGCUGCAGAAGCUGGUGGAGGCCAACAACGGCAAGGAGCUGCCCGUGGUGCUCUGGACCAGCGGCCUGACGGCGCCGGGCAAGGUGGACCGCUACCUGGACCCCAAGAAGUACAUCAUCCAGAUCUGGACCAAGGGCGACGACCCCCUGAUCAAGGAGCUGGCCGAGAAGGGUUACCGCCUCAUCUUCUCCAACUACGAGGCCCUGUACUUCGACUGCGGCUUCGGCGCCUGGGUGGGCGAGGGCAACAACUGGUGCUCGCCCUACAUCGGCUGGCAGAAGGUGUACGACAACGACCCGCGCGCGCUGCUGCGCCGCCUGGGCGUCACGGACCCGCGCCUGCUGGAGAACGUCCUGGGGGCCGAGGCCACGCUCUGGACGGAGCAGGCGGACUCCUACAGUGUGGACGGCCGCCUGUGGCCGCGCGCGUCCGCCAUGGCCGAGCGCCUGUGGACCAACCGCCAGGACUGGAAGUGGACGGACGCCGAGCACCGCAUGCUGGAGCAGCGCAAGCGGCUCGUGGAGAUGGGCGUGGCCGCGGACCGGCUGGAGCCCCAGUGGUGCGACCAGAACCCCGGCCUGUGCUACCUCAGCAAGCGCCCCGAAGACCAGCCCGUCCCAGGGGAGCACUGACAUUCAGCGGCACCGCCGGCACCGGCAGGGGCGCGUGCGUUGCCACUUCAUCAACUCCCUGCUGACACACUGAUACUUACAGGAGAAGGCUCCAAGAGUCGUCCAAGUCUCAUGUGAAUUACCCAUGUGGCUGGUGUCUUAUCUUGAUCUCACAAUUUUUGAAAGGAACGUCGUUGUGAUCGCUGAUUUUAUGCCAUACUUUACUUUUGAUCUGUCAUGUUGGGUGUAUUUAAGGUCUAGAUACAGCAAUGUGAUGUGUUGCAGAAAUAUUUGUGAUAUUAUUUUUCAAUUAUAUUUUUACCAUAAAAAUAAUUAAACCAGACUUUGUUUUGAUUGGAAAUGGGGAGGAACGGUGCAACAAAAAAUAAAUGUGAUUACAAGAAAGUUUAUUGCAGGGUCAAAUAGUCUGCAUAAAUACAUACCAUACAGUGUAGAUUGACUAGACUGGAAACACUACAAGAAUAAUGAAAUUGUACUAAUGAAUAAUGAUAUGCAAGUAUGGGUGCUUUCCCAAAGUUGCAUAUCACCACUUACAUAAUAAUCUAAGCUCUAUCCUUUCAUCACAAAGUGCUUUACAGACAAAGUGCAAAAACAUGUGCUUUUCCAAAAGAGACUCAAUAAAAAAAUUGUAACCAA